CCAGCUGUUCAAGGUCCAGAUGUGGCGUGUUACCCCAAAUCGCAUUAUAAGCAGACGAUCGCAUUUUGCAGGCUAAGGCAGGAUUUGUUUCAUUCCGCGAAAAUGCGACACACAUACCUGCCACUGAAACAGCGACAGCCCAAAAGAGCCGCGGGCGCUACAAUGCUAAUGUUGUCGGGGGCUUUGACUUCUCCCAGCCACUGCAAAGAAGCCGCUCCGUGUGACAGCAACGGCUUUCGCUCUCACCCCCGGUGCUCGCUAUUUUUUUUCACGCCUCUUCAUUUUUGGCAGGUGUGUUGGAGAGGGUGAAAAAAAGCCUCGCUGCUUUCUCCUAUCUCUUUAACCCUAAACGUCUGAGCCGUAAUGGACGAAACGGAUAUCAUGGACUUAACGCAUCAGAAGGCGAGAAAGCGACCGCGUCCAAUCAGUUCCGUGGAUGAGUCCGUGCACGCUUCCCUCAAACGGCUCCCGAUCCGAGCGGCGGAGUGCAGGGAGAGCUCGCUGAUGUUCGCUGUCAGAGGAGAGCCCGUUCCCGCAGCAUCUCUGAAGCAAAAUGACCAUUCGGUGACUUCCUCUCCAACCACAGUGAUGCCGGCGCAGGAUAAUCGCUCCAGCAUGUCCAGGCCCAUGAUCACACGGUCACCGGUGUCUCCCUUGAGUAACCAGGGCAUCCCAACACCUGCUCAGCUCACCAAGUCCAAUGCUCCUGUGCACAUCGAUGUAGGUGGGCACAUGUACACCAGCAGUCUGGCCACCUUAACAAAAUUUCCAGAAUCUCGAAUUGGUCGUCUCUUUGAUGGCACAGAGCCUAUAGUCCUGGACAGCCUGAAGCAGCACUACUUCAUUGACAGGGAUGGACACAUGUUCCGCUAUAUCCUCAACUUCCUCAGGACGUCCAAGCUCCUCAUCCCCGACGACUUCAAAGACUACAGCUUGCUGUAUGAGGAAGCACGAUAUUUCCAGCUGCAGCCCAUGCUUGCUGAGCUGGAGCGCUGGCGCCAGGACCAGGAGCUAGGUCGGGUGUCCCGUCCCUGCGAGUGCUUGGUGGUGCGUGUUGCACCCGACCUGGGCGAGAGGAUCACACUCAGCGGUGACAAGGCCCUGAUCGAAGAUGUGUUUCCAGAAAUUGGAGACGUUAUGUGCAACUCCGUCAAUGCCGGCUGGAACCACGACUCCACACACGUCAUCCGGUUCCCACUGAAUGGGUACUGUCACCUCAACUCUGUCCAGGUUCUAGAGCGUCUCCAGCAACGUGGCUUCGAGAUCGCUGGCUCCUGCGGCGGAGGCGUGGACUCAUCCCAGUUCAGCGAGUACGUCCUGAGGAGGGAACUGAGGAGGACAAGUCAGCGAGGGCCCAAUUCAAACAGGAUAAAGCAGGAGCAGCUAGACUAGAAGCCUCCCAAGCAGCAGGAGGUGCUAGACUUUUCUGUGGCAGCCAAACGCUUGACGCUGCAGAGCUCUGUGGACUCUGUUUUUCUUUGUUCCCUUGUUGAUGUUUUUUGUUUUCUUAAACUUGAGAAUCAUCUAAAGAAUAAAAAUGAAGUGCAACAGGAGAUUUUUUUUUUUUUUUUUUUUGCCAUAAGAAGAUACAAGAUAUUUGAUAAGUUUGAGAGUCCCCCUAAACCAGUUUAAAAAAGGAUUUAUAUAUGCUGGAUCCCCAAACAAAGUUUGUUUUAAAACUUGGAGCCUACAUUAGGUUGAAUAGGAGUCCUAAUUUUCCCAUAUAAAUUAAAAAGAAAAGAAUUUGUUGCUGAUUUUAUGUGUUGCAUAGCUUUUUUAUUUUUUCAACCAGUGACUUGAUUCAGUCUCGCUGGCAUAUUGGUUAAGUCUGUUUUUACCCCUUGUUUUGAAAAGGUCACUAAUGUGUUGCUUACAGUGCAGAAUGUCUUCGUUGUCAUAAACAGUUAGUCUCAACAACAGCAUCUGUUUUUCAUAUAAUAACAUGACGUUAAAUAAUUACGAUACCAAUGAAGUGUUUUUUCUUUAAUUGCUUAUUUUAUUGGCUUAAGGCAAAAAAUACAGUUGACAUCAAAAUUUAACUUCAAAGACUUUUUUAUAUAUAUAUAUAUGCAGUAAGGAAAUAGAAGAAGCUACUUUCGUCUGCUCUCUUAUUCACAAGGGGUCACCACAGCAGGUAGCUCUGCAUGUUUGAUUUGACAGAUUGUUCUUAUUCCAGAUGCCCUUCCUGCCACAACCCCAAAAGGGAUUUGUGUCUCCUCAAACUGGGGAUCUUUCUUUUUUUGGGCAAAUGUGUAAACCACUACACUAUGGAGCCGCUAGAUGCAGUAAGGAAAUCAUUUUGAGAAUUAUUAUGACACACCAUUUGCCUCAUCAGGGACUAUGAGCUGCAAACCCCCCGCGUCCUACUUUGGGAAUUAUUUAAUUGGAUCAAAAAAAAUUCCCUUGAGUCAUGACCUGUAAAUUUUCAUCGUAUAUGUGUUUGUGUUUUUUACAUUUAAACUUUUUAAAGGAAAUUUUGUUGCUUCAGACAUCACUGAACAGAUUAAAAGCUUAUUGUACUACCCACUCCAAGAUCACUUUUAUUUGUAGCACAUAUUCAUAUGAAGUUGAAUAUAAAGUAUUUCUUAAAUAACUGACCCACCUAUACUCCCUAGAUUUGAGUAAAGAAGAAUGUAGCAAAAAAAGAAAAAAGUGAAAUAAAUCUCAGCUAAAGUAGUUAUGGUGUCUGUUCACAGUUUUUACUUUGCUGCAGGGACUGCUUUCACAUGUCUCGCAGCGGUUAAUUAGUAAUUCCAUAAAUUUGAUUUUGCUGCAUCUGUUGUACCGCUCGCAAUUAUUUCAAGAAACCUGAAUGUAUUUAAUGGCAAACAUGAUAAAAAAAAAAAAAAAAACAUAACAUUAUGUAGUGUCUUUGCUCUUUCCAACCAGAGAGGUAAAGCAAACUGCAGAGGCAAUAUUAUACCUUGGAGGAUUUAUGCUGGUGCAUCAGUGACUACACAGGGCAUUCUUUACUUAGUUAUAUUGAAUAGAGCCGACUUCUCCACGCAAGUCCUGUCAGUUGUACUUCCACAUAUUCCUGCAGGGUCAAAAUCCAAAGUGAAAUCCCACACGGAGCCCUGUCGUCUUGUCUCCAUCCCUUUUGGCAGAAUCUCCACUUUCUUUGGCUAUCUACAGUUUAUGCUAUAUGUCUCCCUUUCAGGCCCCUUUGCCCCAGAUUCCCUUUUGACUGACUGUUAUGCUCAUAGGCUAGAGGUGCAACUGUGAGUGGUUCAAAGCAAUGCUCUGUUCUCAGUCAUAAAAUCAAAAAAAUUCCUGUGCACGUGGAAGAAACUAUCAACUUUCAA